ACAAGAAAGAAAUUGAACAAAAAAUUUCAUUUCCGUCGGUGUUUGUUUUUAUAUUUAGGAAAAAAAAAGAGAAGCGAAUGUUUCCCCUGGGAUUACGCAAAUAUCAAAGAUUAUUAUAGGAAAAUCUGGUUGAGGAAAGCUGACUAACCACCACAUAAAAAGCCACGUGGCACAUGCACUUCCCCUAGAAAUACGAAACUUUAAUAAGAAGCAUCCAGCAAAACCGAAAUCUUGGUUCACCACCGUCUCCAGAUCAAAGAAAACAGAGAAACAUCUGUUUUUUUGUUUAGUUUGAUCUGUUGAGAGAUGACGAGCGGUGGCGACGAUAAAAACAGAUCUGUGGUGACAGAUCAUCAACAUCAACAACAGCCUCCUCCUCCGUUUCAAGGCGUCUCUAACUAUCCACCGCAGCAGCAGCCUCCCGCCACCGGUUAUCCUCAGCCUGCUCAGCCCUACGCCCAAGGUUAUGUUGUUAAUGGAGUAAGACCAACAGAACACGGUCGUUGUUGCGGUAUCGGCAUUGGCUGGGUAUUAUUCAUCCUUGGUUUCUUCUUCGCUUUGCCCUGGUACAUCGGUUUCUUCCUUCUAUUAUUCUCUAGGAACCCGCGUGAGAGACCAGGAUAUAUAGCUUGCGCAGUUGGGGCUGUUUUUGCUACCAUUAUCGUCAUCUUUGGAACCGUAAGAGGAUCAGGGGUGUGGUCAUGAAGGUGAAGAUGUCAACAAUCUGAAUCCGUUGAGAUUUUGUUUCAGAAGAAGAUCGAUCCAUAAUGUUUGUUUACAUAAUGUGUAUUGUCUCUAGAUUACAAAACAGUACUGUAUAUGUUUCUUUGAAAAGUUCUUCUUCUGAAAACAUACUAGUGUUUGCAUUUUCAAAGAAUUUUUUUUAUAUAAAAAAUUUGCAUUUGUUUAGAUGAUACGAAUUCAAAUGAAUCUGAUUAUAAGCUCAUUUAGUAAAUGUGUUUGACCUGAACCACUGACUCAUAAAAACACUUGAGCUCAU